CCGUUACUCUCGUUCAUGUCGGCGGGUUAACGGCGGACCGAGCUCCUGGAAACAUUCAUGGAGGAGCCGUGAAGACGAACCGGAGCGGCCCGGAGCAGGAAGAGGAGGAGGAGGAGGAGGAGGACAGAACUUUCCCGCGAUGUGUUGGUAUUGUAGCGUGAUGUGAAGUGAUGGAGGAGGUGGAGCAAAGUCGCUACGUCGCCCAGCUGAGGGCCGAGUUCGACAGCUGCGACACCACGGCCACCGGCUUCCUGGACCGAGACGAGCUGACGGCGCUGUGCCGAAAACUGCAGCUGGAUGCUCACCUGCCUCUGCUGCUGGACACACUGCUGGGAGAGAGGCCAUACGCCAGGGUGAACUUUGAGGAGUUUAAAGAAGGCUUCGUGGCCGUUCUGUCUCGCUCUCUGGACUUAAGCACAUCAGAGGAUGACAGCAGCUACCUGGAGCCAGUUGUUCCAGAGGAGGUGAAGCCAAAGUUCGUAAAGGGGACGAAGCGUUACGGCCGUCGCUCUCGUCCUGACAGUAAACCUGACGCGGCACUGACCUGCGACUCGGAGGACUCGCCGCAGUCCAGAACCGAAGCCACGGACUCGUCACCGUCUGGCGUCCGCAGGGCCAAACUGAGACGGUCAACGUCUCUGGAGAGUGUGGAGAGCCUGAAGUCUGACGAGGAGGCAGGAAGUCAGAAGGAGAGAAUGCAGCCAGACUUUCAGUCUAAAGGUCCUCAGCAGGAGGAGGUGGAGCUGGGAGUGGUUGUUGGAGGAGGUGGAGGAGGUGGGGACAUCCUGAGGGAAGUGUGUGAUCACCUGGGCCUGCAGCAGCUGAACACAGAGGAGCUGCAGCUGCUGCUCAGGAAGCUGCACGCUGACCUGGACGGACGAGUCAGCAUCAGGGACUUCCAGAAGGUUCUGCGAGGCUCCUCCCCCAUCACCUGCUCCACACCUGUGCGAUCAGCUGACCUGCAGAGAGCGCCACACAGGUCUCAGGCGGCGUUGGACGAGCGCUCGGCUCGCUCCACCUCGCCCUCCCUGCUGACGGCCACAGUGGGUCAGAGGGUCCUCAGCCAGCUGGACGACGGCUCAGGAUGCAGCAGCCCCGAGAGAGUCAUCGCCCUCUGGACCGAGGAGGGCAUCAGGAACAGCCAGGACAUCCUGCAGACUCUGGACUUUCCUCUGGAGGAGCGUCUCAGUCUGGCCGACUUGACUCUGGCGCUGGACAACGAGCUGCUGGUCAGCGGGAACGGGAUCCACCAGGCGGCGCUCAUCUCCUACAAGAACGAGAUCCAACACCUGCUGGUGCUGGCAGAGCAGGCCUGCAGGGAGCGGGACAAGGUGAAGGCCGACCUGGAGCUGGCAGAUCAGAGGAACCUGCAGCUGGUCAGAGAGGUGGACGACCGCCACGCCAGCAUGGAGACACUCAACCAGAGCAGGAUCAGGGACCUGGAGCACGACUUCCGUGAUAGGCUGACGGCUCUGCGCAGUCAGUCGGAGCAGGAGAGCGAGGCUCUGCUGCAGCAGGUGGAGAGGGAGCGCAGCACGCUACAGGACGAGCUGCAGCUGCUCCGAGCGCAGGAGGUGGAGCUUCAGGAGGAGCUCUGCAACGCUACACAGGAGAACAGUCGCCUGGAGGACGAGCUGACGGCUGUGAAGCUGAAGCUGACUGAAGCAGAAGGUUCAGUGAACAAACUGCAGAGAGACCUGGACCAGCUGCUGCAUGACAAGUUUGGCAGCUUGGACCCGGCAGCUGCUGGUCUGAGUCGCGAGGAGAGAUUCUCUGAGAUCGUCAAAGAUUAUGAGCUGCAGUGCAGGGAGCUGCGGGACAGAAACGAUGAGCUGAGCUCAGAGUUGGAGCUGCUGAAGAACCAGAAGAGCGACAGGAAGUCCAGGCGAUCUGCAGCAGACGACACUGCGCUGAACUGGACCGAGCAACGCUCCUUCAGCACCGAGUCAGACUCCGAUGAGUCGGACAUGAAGCGCAGCUCAUCUCCUCUGGUCAGGAAGAAGCUGCAGCCGGCAGAUAAAACUGCUCUGGGUUCAUUGGACUGCAGUUCUGGUCCUGCUGUCAGUAUUCAGACUGAACUGGCUCUGGAGCAGCUGAAGCAGAAACACAACCAGGAGCUGCAGCAGCUGCACAUCCAGCUGGACACACAGAUGAACUUCUAUGAGCGCAGUCUGGAGCUGAUGAGACAGAGCAUGGAGGUCGAGCGUAAAGACAUCUCUCAGGCCUUCAAGAUGGAGAUCAGCGAGCUGGAGGAGCAGAAGACUCAGGUGGAGCAGCAGGUGAAGCAGCUGAAGGAGGCGCUGGACAAACUGCAGACUCAGAUCCAACAUGGAGGAGGAGGAGGGUGGAGCAACGAGCAGGAGCGCAGGAUGCAGCGGGAGCGGGCGGAGCUGGAGCAGAACUUUGCCAGAGAGAUCGGUAACCUGGUCCACAAACUGAGCGCUGAGAAGGACCAGCUGGAGGCCGAGCUCAAGCUGAAGAUGGACCAGGAAGUGAUGGUGGUCAGGGAGGAAUCAGAGCAGCAGUUCUCUCAGAUGAAGCUGCAGCAUGCUGAGGCUCAGCGCCGCCUCCUCCACCAGCUUCAGUUGGAGCGUCAGAGGCUGCAGGAGCAGAGAGGAUUCUGGGAGAGCCGGCUCACCCAAUCACAGCAGGAGAAGCAGCGGUGUGAGGAGAGAGCUGGGGAGGAGCAGGCCCGGAUCAGCUCAGAGAGGAAGAGGGUGGAGGAGCAGAAGGAGGAGGAGGUCUGUCAGCUGAAGGAGCAGGUCUCCAGUUUACAGGAGCUCAUACUGAACUCCCAUCUGCACAUCAGCCAAUCAGAGGCCAGUAUAGAGGAGCUCAGAGAGCGCUGUGGUCUGUUUGAGGACGACCUGAAAGCUUCUCGUGGACGAUGUUCUGAGCUGGAGGCCCGGCUGCAGGAGGCGUGCACUCAGCUGCAGGAGAGCAUCUCCUUCCUGGAGUCUCACGAGGUUUUAAACAGACGCCUCUCUGCGGAGAAGAGCUCUGUGGAGGAGGAGCUACAGCAGGUGAAGACCAGGGAGGAGCAGCUCCUGGUCCAGGUAAACCAACUGAAGGAGGAGCUGGAGAACCUCCAGACUGCCUCUGACUGCAUCCUGCAGGACCGGGAGGUCGUGGCCGACAACUGCAGCCGCCUCUCCAACGCCUUCGUCCAGCAGCAGGCGCAGCUGAAGGCCAGAGAGCAGAUGGUCUGCGCCCUGAGAGCAGAGCUGGAGGUGCUACAGGACGCCAUGAGGACCAAAACUGAGACUCUCUCUAGACUGACUGCUGAGCUGGACCUGCUGAGGACGGACCGAGAGAGGCUGAUCCAGGACCUGAAGGACCAGGCCAUGGCUGUGGACACCCUGCAGCUGGAGCUGGACGGAGUGUCUGAGGAGCUAGACCGGAGGAGGAGCUCUGAGGAGGCUCUGCAGGAGGCGCUGAAGCUGGAGCGGACCAGGACCUCACAGCUCCGGGCCGGUCUGGAUGAGGAGAAGGAGGAGGUCUGUCGUCUGAGCCAGGAGAACGGGAGCUACAUCCGGCUGGCGGACCAGCUCUCCACCCAGAUUGUAGAGAUGGAGGAGGAGAUCUCCACGCUCAGAGCUCACCUGAGAGAGAUCAGCUGCCAGCUCAACGACACCGCAGACCUGGUCUUGGACCUCAGGAGGCAGCUCAAUGCCAAGACCAGUGAGGUGGACCGGCUCCGGGCAGAAGUAGCGGACAGUGCUUGUGUGCUACGUCAAGCGAAGGUCUCCUCUGAUAAACAUCAGAGUGAAGUUCAGCAGCUGACCAACCGGCUAGAGGAGAAGGACGUGGAGCUGGACCUGGUCCGACAGCAGGUCCGACAGCUGCAGCAGAAGAUGAGAGACUCCCAGAACCAGCUGAGUAUGGCUGAGGAGCAUUUUGAGCAGGAGAAGAGGAGAAUGACGCAGCAGCUGAUGGAGCUGGAGAAGCUGGUCCUGGUCCUGGAGGAGGUGAUGGACCCAGCCAGUCCACACAGGACCCAGCUGGAGGAGGUUCGAUCAGAGAACGGAGCUCUUCAGGAGCGACUGAGUGUCCUGCAGCAGGAAGUCCAGAACCUGGAGGACCAAGUCGCCAAGAAGAGGAGGAAACUGGAGGAGAUGGAGAGAGAACACGACCGCAGCAGAGAAGAAGAGGAGAGGCUUCACAAAGAGAACUCUAGAUAUCGUGAGGAGGUUCUGGAUCUGAGCAGCAGGAACCUGCAGCUCAGCAACGACAAUGCCGAGCUCAGCGUCCGUCUCCGUGGAGACCAGGAGUCAGUCCGGAUGCUGCAGGAGCGCCUGACGACGGUCUCCAAGGAGCAGGAGGAGGACGGAGCUUCGGUGCGGCGGCUGCAGGAUGCAGCUCUGCAGCAGGAGAGAGAGAGGAUACAGCAGCAGGCGGCUUGGACGCAGGAGAGACAGUUACUGGAGAGAGAGCUCAGCUGCUGCAAGGAGAAGGUGGGUCGUCUCUCAGAGCUGGAGGCGGAGCUCAGCAGUGUGACUCUGAAGCUGCAGUGGUUGGAGGCAGACAAAUCCAAACUGCUGAGAGAAGCUGAUGACAGAAACAACAAGGUGGAGAAGCUGCAGGAGUCGCUGCUCUCUCUGGAGUCAGAGACCGAGCUGCUUCGCUCUCAGCUCCACGCCGUCAAUCAGGAGAAACUCGGCCAUGCCCAGGAAGGGAGCGACUUGCAGAGGAAGCUGCAGAUCGCUCAGAACAAGGUGGAGGAGUUAGAGAACAGCAUCAGGAAGCUGAUGAGGGAGAAAGAGGAGCUCCAUCAGGCUCUGGAGGAGCAGGAGGAGCACACCUCCAUCACUCUGCAGGAAGAGACCCACAGACUGAGAGUCCAGAACAAGGAGCUCCAACACAAGCUGACGGAGCUGCAGGUUCAGGGUCUGGAGGUCCACAAACUGACACAGGAGCAGCAGAACCUGAAGAACAAAUUGACGGAGCUGGAGGAAGCGAGGAUGCAGGCUCAGGACCAGGCGGUGCAGGCUGACACCACCCUCAGUCUGGUGCAGGCGCAGCACGUGAGGCAGCUGCAGGAGGUGCAGGAGCGGGCAGGUGACGGCUGCAGGGAGCAGGUGGAGCUACUGCAGGUCCGACUGAUGGAGGAGCAGAGGAGGAGUCAGCAGCUGGAGGAGACGCUCAGGCUUCAGGCCCAGCAGAGCUGCUCCCAGAUCACCACCAAGCAGGAUCAGUACGAGAAGGCGAUGUUGGCCCUGCAGGAGAGGACGGAGGAGCUUGAGACCAAACUGAAGGGGGUCCAGCUGGUCCUGCAGGAGAAAGUCCAGCAGCUGAAAGACCAGCUGUCGAAGAACACAAAGUCAAGUGUGCUGCUGAAGGAUCUGUACGUGGAGAACUCUCAGCUGAUGAAAGCACUGCAGGUCACAGAGCAGCGGCAGAAAAAAGCAGAGAAGAAGAACUCACUGUUGGAGGAGAAAGUCAGCGCGCUCAACAAACUGCUGAGACAGAUCGUCCACGCGUCGCUCGCCACGUAGCUGCUGAGCGAACAAAAAACCACCUCAGACAACUGUGACACGGACGCUGGUCUGAGGUCGGUUUCACUGCAGCAGCUUCAGGCCAGAGAGCUAGCCUAGCUUAGCACCAAGAGUGGAAGCAGAGGGAAACUGUUAGCCAAAGAGAUUCCAUAUGAGCCUCUGAGGCCUCCAUAGUUGUGAUCAUUUAUAUUUGACAGGUGUAAAGAUGCGUUCAUGGAUCGUGGAACAAACGUCAGUGCCAGCAGACAUCUCUGCAUCGUGACGUGAUCUCCACCAAACUACAUUCAAAUUAUCAUGAAUUUUAUUUCACUGGUAAGAAGCAAACCAGGUGAGACGUUGAGGAGUGACUCAUCACAGGUGAAGGUGUGUCAGGGUCAGUGUGUGAUGAGUCAUCAGUAGCCUCACCUGUAAUGACACCUAUUCACCAGGUGAAUGUGAGUCUGUUGUUCUCACAGAAGCUGCUUAACAGAAACUGAACUUUAGUUUCUUCACAAAGACGAAGGAAAACCAGUCUGACCCCACACACACACACACACACACACACACACACACACACACACACACACACACACACACAGCACUAGUCUGAAGGGUAUUAAUUAUGAUUCUUUAUAUUUUAUAUAUUUUUAUUGUUAUUUUUGUAUUUCUGUGAAGUCAGAGUUUUGCUGCUGUCCUCAUCACAUGUUCAGUUCCCUGUUUUCGCUCAGAGUGAGACCUCCAUCACUCAGCUCUGAUUUCCUGUUUCAGGUACAACAAACCAAAUCUCUAACACACACACACACACACACACCUGUCUGUGGACAGUGUCAUCAUUGUAUUCUGACCUCCAUGUAUGAUAAUGAUGUAAAGCCACAUUAAAUUAUGUUUUUAACACUG